AUGAACACCUGUCAAGGAAAGUUAAAUACGAAUUUUCUAAAGAAAGAUAAAAAGCAAGGAACCAACCAGGGAACCUAUCAUUUGAAAAAAACAAGAUCAGAUCAAAAGUUUAUAUUUGUGACAUUUGGUGAAAAGGAAAAUCCGUCCACCAAUCGAUUCGAUUUAAAUUUCCCACCAACAUUGAAUUUGGUGGUGAAUGGAAUGGGUCCUUUGAAACAACGGUCUGAACUGAAUUUUGACAGCUUGGAUAUUUUUGCUCAUCGAAAAGGACAGCAUCUGUUGAAUCAAGAGAACAUUGAAAUCGAUGAAGAAGACACAGAAUUAAUGAACUUGGGUGGCUUAGAUCCAAUGUCAGAUAAUGAACAAGAGAUUCACGUUGAAGAGGCAGAGGGACAUACUUCCCAUCACACUUUAGAAAAGGAAGAAUUGGAAAAGACUUGUAAUUUGGUUGAAAAGAUGCAUGACUCAACAAUUAAGGAAGAGCCACCUUCAAAUGUUUCACAUCUUUCAAAGCUCGGGCGAUAUUUUGAUUUCUCUCAACACAGGACCGCUCAAGAUCAUAGCAUCUUUGAGAAUUCGACUUCUUCUUCGCUGGUACAGCCACAACACCCUUCUAUUCCAGUUAUAACACAGCCUGUUACUUUCUAUUCUCAUGACACAAAUGAAACUGUCCUUGUCACUGCCACCAAAGAAAAGAAUUCCAAUUUAACAAGAAUUCACAAGAGGGUGCCUCACACUCCAAAAGCUGUGAUUGAUUGCCACGAACCAAAACCGUUGACAGAAAUUUACAACUCAUUUGACAAUUCCCAAAAACUACUUUCCGAACAUAAGGAAAUUUUUGCUCAACAGCAAAAGAAUGGAGCGCUAGGAAUGAUCGACAUGAACAUGUAUGAAGAAAUCAGAAAAGAUGCUCCUUCCACAGAUGCAAUCAUGGUUGGAAACCGCAAGCUUAUCAUUAACUUGUAA